GGCGCUGCGGCCGCCGCGGCUGCUCCCGGGGCCGGCGCGGGCCGGAGCGGUUGGGCUGGCGGCCGAGGCUCGCGGCCAUGGAGUGGGCUUCCGAGUCGGCGGCCGUGAGGCGGCACCGCGUCGGAGGGGAGCGCCGGGACGGCCCGGCGGCCGCGCCGCAGCCGGGGAGCGAGGCCCCGGCGCAGGAGCCCCCGGAGGACGCGUGCGGCGGCGCGAGGACGCGGAAGCGGAGCGCGGGGGGCGGCGUUCUCAGCCUAGCGCUCCUUGUCACCGACAUCCUUUCGGUUUCUUCCAGGGAUUACCUUGAACACAUAACAUCCAUUGGCCCCAGGACCACAGGAAGUCCAGAAAAUGAAAUCGUGACAGUCCAUUACCUUUUGGAACAGAUUAAACUGAUUGAAGAUCAGAGGAACAGCCUUCACAGGAUUUCGGUCGACGUGCAGCGACCCACAGGCUCCUUCAGCAUUGACUUCCUGGGGGGUUUUACGAGUUACUACGACAACAUCACCAACGUCGUGGUGAAGCUGGAGCCCAGGGACGGAGCCCAGCACGCGGUCCUGGCCAACUGUCAUUUUGACUCCGUGGCAAACUCACCAGGUGCCAGUGAUGAUGCAGUUAGCUGUUCAGUGAUGCUGGAAGUCCUUCGCGUCUUGUCAGCAUCUUCAGACGCCUUACAUCACGCUGUCAUAUUUCUCUUUAACGGUGCUGAGGAAAAUGUCCUACAGGCCAGUCAUGGUUUCAUAACUCAGCACCCCUGGGCCGGCUUGAUUCGUGCAUUUAUUAACCUGGAGGCAGCGGGCGUGGGAGGGAAAGAGCUUGUGUUCCAAACAGGUCCUGAGAACCCGUGGCUGGUCCAAGCGUAUGUUUCCGCGGCUAAACACCCGUUUGCUUCCGUGGUGGCUCAGGAGGUUUUUCAGAGUGGAAUCAUUCCUUCAGAUACCGACUUCCGCAUCUACAGGGAUUUUGGGAACAUUCCAGGAAUUGACUUAGCUUUUAUUGAGAAUGGAUACAUUUAUCACACCAAGUAUGACACAGCGGACAGAAUUCUGACAGAUUCCAUUCAGAGAGCAGGCGACAACAUUUUAGCGGUUCUUAAAUAUCUCGCUACAUCCGAUAUGUUGGCUGCUUCUUCUCAGUAUCGACACGGAAACAUGGUCUUCUUUGACGUGCUCGGCCUGUUUGUCGUCGCCUACCCCUCCCGCGUCGGCUCGAUAAUUAACUCCAUGGUGGCAAUGGCUGGCGUGUUGUACCUGGGCAAGAAGCUGUUGCAGCCCAAACACAAGACUGAUAACUACAUGAAGGACUUCUUCUGCGCACUUGGCAUCACUCUGAUAAGCUGGUUCACGAGCCUGGUCACCGUGCUCAUCCUGGCGGUGUUCGUCUCCCUGGUUGGACAGUCCCUGUCAUGGUACAACCACUUCUAUGUCUCCGUCUGUCUGUACGGAACUGCAGCUGUGGCCAAAAUUGUACUCAUACAUACCCUCGCAAAAAAAUUGUACUAUGUGAAUGCCAGUGACCAGUAUUUGGGAGAAGUAUUCUUUGACACCUCGCUGUGUGUGCACUGCGUUUCCCUCCUGGCUCUCACGUACCGAGGACUGUGCUCGGCGUUUAUUAGUGCCGUCUGGGUGGCCUUUCCCUUGCUCACAAAGCUCUGCGUGCACAAAGACUUGAAGCAGCAUGGUGCCCAAGGAAAAUUUAUUGCCUUUUACCUUUUGGGGAUGUUUAUUCCUUAUCUUUAUGCAUUGUACCUCAUCUGGGCAGUAUUCGAGAUGUUUACCCCCAUCCUCGGGAGGAGUGGUUCGGAAAUACCACCUGACGUCGUGUUGGCCUCCAUUUUGGCUGGUUGUACCAUGAUCCUGUCUUCCUAUUUUAUUAACUUCAUCUACCUUGCCAAGAGCACGAAGAAAACCCUGCUGACUCUAACCUCGGUGUGCGCAGUCACGUUCCUCCUGGUCUGCGGUGGCGCGUUUUUCCCGUACAGCUCUCAUCCCGCCAGCCCGAAGCCGAAGAGGGUGUUUCUUCAGCAUAUGACUAGAACAUUUCAUGACCUGCACGGACACGUGAUGAAACGGGACUCCGGGAUAUGGAUCAAUGGGUUUGAUUACACAGGCAUGUCUCACGUAACGCCUCACAUCCCCGAGAUCAACGAUACCAUCCGAGCUCACUGUGAGGAGGACGCACCCCUGUGUGGCUUCCCGUGGUACCUCCCCGUGCACUUCCUGAUCAGGAAAAAUUGGUAUCUUCCUGCCCCAGAAGUUUCUCCAGGAGAUCCUGCUCAUUUCAGACUCGUGUCCAAAGAACAGACACCCUGGGAUUCUGUGAAGCUGACGUUUGAAGCCACAGGACCGAGCCACAUGUCCUUCUACGUUCGAACCCACAAAGGGUCAACACUCUCUCAGUGGUCUCUUGGCAAUGGCACCCCGGUCACAAGUAGAGGAGGGGACUACUUCGUAUUUUACUCCCAUGGGCUCCAGGCCUCUGCAUGGCGGUUCUGGAUAGAAGUACAGGUCAUGGAAGAACGGCCUGAAGGAAUGGUCACUGUGGCCAUUGCUGCCCACUACCUUUCUGGGGAAGAUAAGAAAUCCUCCCAGCUGGAUGCUCUGAGAGAGAAGUUCCCAGACUGGACAUUUCCUUCUGCCUGGGUGUGCACCUACAGCCUCUUUGUGUUUUAGUCUUCUGGAGGAGCGCGGAGUACAUGCCCAGCGGGAUACCCCGUGACGCAGUUUCUCCCCACGUUACAUGGAUGGUUGUAAGUCAGUGAUUUUGAAUGAGCACCUGUUCAGAGAGCUUCGUGGGCUCACACUCUUCAGGGCCCAGCAUGAUGAUGGGGACGUGUGGCCUGACACUUGAAAGCACCGGUUUCCUGGCCCCGAAGCACUGUGGGCACCACGACACCCGUCAGUAAUUCUCUGGGACCUUAAGGAUAAAAGCCAACAAACCACUUGAGUAGUUGUUACCCCUUAGGAUCAUGACAGAUGUAGAAGGUACUGUGAGCUGUUCAUGGGACAAAGGACAUUUCCAGGUGAAGCCCAAGAUGAUUGGUUUGGUCAGAGGAUGGUAGCUAAAAAUCCGUUCGCUGGAGUCGGGACUCCCCUAAGACGGACCUUAGGGGUCAGAAGGCAGGGACAGCGAGGCCUGGGGGCAAGCUGGGGGCUCCUGGGGCCGCAGCCUAAGCCGAGGGCUCUGCUGCUUCAGGCAGCUGCUCAAAUGUGCUUGGCUCCUCUGGAGUCUGUGCCGAGCUGGGGGUGUGCAUCCUUCUGACACGUGGUCCCUGAGAGCCAUCGCUGUGAUGCUUUUCGGAGUUGCUUUUAAGGCCCGAUGUCCAACUUUUCCCCUGUCCACCUUGCCGGUUUCAGCAGAGCGUUUGUUCAGCUGCCUUUCCUGCGGGGUUUUUCCAGGCUCUUCUGGCUCAGGCUGUCGUGGGUGCAAGCACAUGGGCUUGGUUCCAUCCUCAGAGCCCAGGGUUGCCAUGGUGGCUGCUCUGGGCUGGGAAGUGAGUGGGGUGACGAGUGGCUGGGCAUUUUAUAAAUAUUGAUUCUCUUCAUUUAGUAGGCAUGUCCUAUUAUCCAAGGUUAAUCCUUUAGGGCGUAACUUUAUUGAUGCACUGAGUCCUUAGUUUUGUCGGUGUUCUUGCCAGUCGCAAUCAUCCGUCCGUAUCCAGCAGAACUGGCUUUCCCGGGGCUGCGGGUGCUGGCUUUGGCCACCGGCCCUGCAGCCGCUGAGGAGGAUCCUGCAGAAGGGCAGGCCGAGGACCUCAAGGUGCUUUUCAUUUAGAAGACGGCGGUGGGGCUUGGGAGGCGCGUCUCUGCUCCGGCAGUGGAAGGGUUUGGGGAGAUGAGUGGUCAGUUCUCCUAGCUUGCUCUUUUCCAUUAAGAAACUGGAAAGGUUGGGCAAAUUCUGAGUUUAGCCAGCAUAGGCCAAAAAGGCAUUUUAAAGAAAAGCCAUAGUAAAACAAAGUGGCACUAAGCGUGCAUCGCCAGAGGACUUUGACAGACGGAUGCAGGGUGCUUUCUCAGUCCCGCUCCUCCCGGGUGCCCGCGGACUUCCGACGACGUUGUCAGGUGUAGCUUGUAGAGAAUCAGAGUUGUGGACAAAAAGUGAUCAAUGAAUUUCAAAAUACAGCCUAGUUCUUUUGUCCCUGUGGUUGAUCUGAAAUAGAUUUUAUGGGGGGGGGGGUCCCAUGUUGAGGACGUGCAUUGUAUGAAAGUUCUCUUCUUCCCCCUUUGGGAAGGAUGUGAUUCCCUUUCAGUAAUAAUCAUGGUUUUCUUUCUGCCUUUGUUAUUUUUCUUUGUAAACAGUCUCUCUCGGUUUUCAAGAUGCUCACUGGUCUCAGGGCAGACUGCUUUAGCGCCAGAAAUGGCUGAGUACUUCUACUUACUGUUCAUGCCGCUGUUAUAAUAAGCACACCGUCAGAUGAGUCAGCAGCCUGAGACUGGAGUAGCUCCUCAUUCAAAACUCACUUCUGAGAGGGCCUUUUCAAAUUCUAACAAAUGCAGUUUUCCCUACAGAAUUUCAGUGUAAGUAGCCCAGUAUUGCACAUACAUUGAAAAAGUCUGACCUUAGACUGCUGCAUGAAGUACCUGUUUCCAGUUCAACUGAUGGAAAUGAGCACCCACAGGGUUGCUAAGAUGUCUCCACUGAAGGGGCUGCAGUCAGCUGCUCACUCAGGAAGCUGUAGGAAGAACAAUGGUCUCUCUUUUCACUGGUUUGCUGACUUGCUGAGGAUUAACUGUUGCCUUACAUUACUGAAAUAAACUUUUUAACCUCCUAGUUAGUAUCUUUAACAGAAAAACCAGAUCUUUAUUGUUUGUUCUGUAUCCCCACCUUUGAAGGGUUAUUUCAAGUCUACAGAGCCUUUUUAAAGUCUUUUUAAUUGCUUUUAAAAGAUCUAGAUGGCUCAUGUGGGCAGAGCAGGUUAUGUGAGCAAAGAGCUCAAUAAGGAAAUACUGGAAUGCUUUUUACUCUGGAAUGAAAUUGUGCAUCAUAUUUUGUUAAAUGUUGAGCUUUUUAAAAAUCCUCUCCAUUGGCGAAGAAAAUCACUGAAGGGCUAAUCCAGAAGGAUUGUGGGGGCAGGAGGAAGAAAUGGUCUUUCAGCCAGUGGCCCACCACUCACUCUCCUCUCCUCCCAAGGAAGGGGGGCACUGCCACCCCCCAGAACAGGUCCCUGGGCAAGUUCCUAUGCAAGUUAUUUUGCUUUCUCAGUGAAUUGCCUCGGAACAGUUCGGUACACCUCCUCAUCAUGCACCUUGCCGCCUUUUAGGGCCAGUGAAGCCAAAAUGCAUUUAGGCCUCUUUAUGUCUGGCUCUUUUUUAUUCCUUAUUUGAUUUGUAAAAAUACUAACAUACUAAUAUACUUCUUCAGGUUCGGCUCUAUACUGUGACCAAGUGGGAUUUAUUCAAGGAAUGAAAAGUUGGUCUAAUACC